GGAAAAGUUAGUUUUGCGAUGGGAGAACACGAAGCAGCGCGUGAUUGGAUCCGCAGCGACGAGACCGCUGCGCAGAUGCUAUCGAGAGUUCUCGGAGACCGUACAUUACUACUCCUCCCGCCACUUCACCGUGUCCCUCUACGCGCGGGAAACGUAGUCGAGAUCACUGGCUCGUCUCCCACCGCGAAAACUCAGAUCCUGAUUCAAUCUGCCAUCACUUGCAUCCUCCCGAAGACGUGGAACGGCGUCCACUACGGAGGAUUAGGGAAACUGGUGUUGUUUCUCGAUCUAGAUUGCAGAUUCGAUGUGAUGCGUUUAUCUGAUAUGCUUAAGUGUCGUCUUCUCGAAGCUAACCGACUAGGUAAUGGAGCAUGGUGGCAGCUUGAAAAAUCAAAUGUUAAGACUUGCAGAUCUGCGCAAGACAAGGCAAAGAUUGUUUAUGAUGAGGAGUUGUACGUUUCGUGUAUGAAGAGGUUCUUGUAUCUUCGUUGCUAUGACAGUCUCGAACUUUUGUCCAGUCUCAAGACAUUGCAUUAUCGGAUUAGACUGCAGGAAGCGUGUGGAAGCCAAGUCGGGGUGCUUAUGAUUGACAGCAUCGGUGCUUUCCACUGGACUGAUCGUUUAUCGUCAUCAUUGGCAUUGGAUAAAAAUAACAGGAAAAGUCUGUCUCUAACGAAUGUGGUGGAGACGAUAGUGCAAGAGAUGAAGAAGCUAAUGCAGGUGCACUCACUGGUAGUAAUUGCCACUAAAGCUACAAUCUACGAAGAAAAAUACCCGACAAAUGAGAAUAAUCGGAAGCUCUCCUCAAACAAUGAUCUGUCAGGGAAUGCUUCAAGUAAAGCUCAGCAGCCUCCAUUCCGUGAAUUCAUGCCUUCUUCUUGGCAGGCAUUUGUGACACAUAAGAUAUUCAUACGGAAGUCAGGUGAUCACCAGUCGUCGGGACAAAAUACUUUGUCGGCAUACUCACUUGAAUGGUUACAACCGCAACUUAGUAGCAUUGACCGAUUCAUAGUAGACGAUGUAUUCUCUCUCUCUACUAGACACCACACAUUUACUGAGACGCUUGUAGUUCAGAACUCUGUAGAAAUCAUAACUAUUGUAAGGUAGUUAUUAGCUUAGCAGCGUGCAGCAAAGUCUCCAGAUGUAUAGUUAAUGCAGAGUUUAUUUAUUUAUCUACAUAAAAAGAUGAAAAAGUUAAACCUUUAAAGGUAAACUUGUUCCUUUUUACUUGAUUAGGUUAUUCUCACAAUAUGUGGAUAACCUUAUCUUAGAUAUAAAAAGAAAAAUCACACUUAC